UGCGAUUGGAGACUCUGUUUUUGAGGUGUGCUCUCGGCGUUGGCUUAUCGACCUCAACUGUCGCUGCAGAGGGAUCUAUUGUGCCCACCGUGAGGGAAGACACCGGACAUGGAAACGAACGGCGAUACUGCCUCCCUGAAAAGGAAGCGUGAACCGAAAGACGAGCCCCUCUCGUCGCAGAAGAAACACCGUCGGAAGUCGAGAUCGAAGCUCGAAGGAAACGCCAAUUCGGAAGAUGCAGCUUCCUCUCAAAUAGACGGCGACCUGGACCUCCCAGAUGCUUCGUCACAACCCCCUUCUGUCCCUGUCCACGGGAGGCUAGCAUCAUGGAAGGUGUCGAAGCCAAUGGGUGGUAGGAUGCAGGACAUCGACCCGAUAUUCUCCCCUGAUGAAAAGCACUUGAUCGUCACAUACAAUACCUCCAUUCAGGUGUACUCGACAGAAGACUCCUUGCUCGUUCGCAGGAUCAGCCUCCCCGUGACAAGAACAGAUGGCGCGGCAGAGUUUGUGUCAAGCCAUAUCGUGUCCUCCGUGUUAUCCAAGUGCAACACCGACUUUGUCUGGGUUACAAGUUCCGAUGGUCGGAUAUGGCACAUUGACUGGACAUCGGGUGCGGGGAUAGACACUCCCUUCACAAUCGAGGCCAAGAGGGUGUUGGAUGUGACAGUGGACGAGGUAGAAAUCGGCGGCAAGCCGGAGGAUGUCUUGUUCGUCCUGGAGAAGCUCAAAAAGGUCUCUGCGCAAAUCGUCGCCUACAACACCAAGGCACUGGCGACAAGAAGCGGCAAGCUUCUGCACACCUACGACGAGAGUCCACAAUCCCUGCGCUCAGUCGCUGGCGGUAAAUUGAUCGUCGCUGCGGCAAAGGAGGCAUUACAUAUCGGGUCACUGAAGGGGAAGCCGCUAGCCUCGCUGGAUGAUUUGACGUAUCGCUUCCAUUGCUUCGACACGCCGGACAUUAUUGCCUGCCUAGAUGUUCGGCCGACGCUCCGGACUACGAGGAAAGGGGGUUUGGAGCUGCAAUCUAUCGAUCUUGCUGUCGGCGGUGCUCGGGGUGCCAUCUAUGUAUACCAUGACCUGCUCUCCAAGCUACCCCGGGAGGCAUCCGGCUCCUUGAGGGUCGGCACAAUUCAGCCCAAAAGGCAUCACUGGCAUCGGAGAGCGGUUCACAGUCUGAAGUGGUCCGAGGAUGGCAACUACCUAGUAUCCGGAGGCUAUGAGACGGUUCUUGUUCUUUGGCAGGUCGAUACUGGGAGACAGGAAUUUCUGCCCCAUCUUUCGGCAAGUAUCGAGAACAUUGCUAUUUCGCCCCGAGGAUCGUCCUACGCUCUCCACUUGGAUGACAACUCGACUAUGGUUCUGUCUACGGCAGAGAUGAAACCAACGAUGUACGUCUCCGGCAUCCAGUCCCUCGUCCUGGGUGAUCGCCCAUCCAAAGAUGCCUUCGUGCGGCGUGUGUGGCGGCCCGUCGACGAGAUCUCCGCCCCGCUAGUCGCCACAAUCAACCCUCAGAGCCCCUCGCAAUUAUUCCUGUGCGUCGGCAAUGGACAGCAAGCAUCGGUUGGAGGCCCGUCAUCGUCAACGCCGCUUCUCCAGGUGUUCGAUCUCUCCUCAUUCCACGGCGUCAGUAAGCACGCGAUUGCGCGUACCAACCCUACAGACGCCAAUAUCACCAGCGACGGUGCGCCCAUCGUAGAGCCGACCGUGACCAAGCUGGCCUUCUCUCAAGAUGGCAAGUGGCUGGCUUCCGUCGACGAGUGGCAACCGCCUGAACGAGAUGCAGACGCCUUCUUGACAGGAUCGAAAACGCUCCCUGAUGUGUGCCGAGAGAGACGCGAGGUUUAUCUCAAGUUCUGGGAAGUUGGGACAGAAGAUCAAUCCUUCCAGCUUGCUACCCGCAUCAAUGACGCUCAUCAUGCCGAUCGAACAGAGACGAUAUUCGACCUUGCCAGCGAUCCAACCUCAUCUCGGUUCGCUACGGUUGGCAACGACGGAAUGGUACGCUUCUGGGUUCCCAGAUUGCGCAAAAGAGAGGGGCCUGCAUCUUCCGGGCACGGUGGCCAUCCGUUGCGAAGCUGGAGCUGUUCCCGUGUUGUCUCGCUUCCGGUGUGCGGAGAGCAGGACGACGCCACGGAUGCUCCCAAGAGCGUCCCGCGCAGCGGUGCCGUUACCUUCUCAGAAGAUGGGUCUCUUCUGUUCGCCGCCUUUGGGACCCCGAGUGGAGCGCUCGUCGUUGCCAUUGACACGGAAACCGGUGCGUGCCGAGACGUUGUUUGCGGCAUGUUCAGGGGCGAGAUCCGUGCGAUAAAGUCUCUGUCUUCGUGUCUCAUCAUGCUUUCGGAGGAUCUGGUUGUCUAUGACAUCGUCUCAGAUGAGCUGCUUUACAACUACUCUCUGAAGGAAACCUCAGCGUCGGCUAGGCGACUCACCCAGCUGGCAGUCAAUUACCAGUCACGGAGCUUCGCUCUCGCCGCGCCCAUUCCGAAUCCGAGCCAACAGAAAAUGAAGAAAGGCACGAGGUCAGAACUCGUCAUCUUCAACAUUGGAGAGGACGAGCCGCAGCUGGUCAAGCCCUUUUCGCAGCUGAUCACCUCUCUGUGCGCCGCCCCGUCAUCAUCUGGGUUUGUCGUUGUCGAUGCCGCAGCCCAGAUCCGGUCUAUAACCGAAGGCGCCGAGCAAGCGCCGCUUCUCCGGCCAUUGGCGGAGUUGGGAAUGGAUAACGUCGCUGUUGCGGGAGAUCCGAUUCAAGAAGAGCUGCUGCUGCAGGAAGAGGAGCCCAGCGAUGAGGAGAUGCAAGAAGCAGAUGAAGACGGGGCGAUGGAGGAUGACGACGAUACCCACGCCGCUGUUGUGGCACCUCAGCGCUUAGCUGAAAUCUUUAACGCCGCGCCGGCCUUCGCCAUGCCGCCGAUGGAAGAUAUCUUCUACCAGGUGGCCGCGCUCUACUCUACAAAAGCCUGUUAACGCCUGGGUGCCGGAAGUCUCCACGUGCACUGUUAUCCGAAGGCCAGAAUCAGAUAUCCUUGGGCCGGCAGCCCCACACUCGGAGACGACAACUGCAAUGUGUCCGGCCCGUACCGGAAUCCCGUGCUUAGCCGGCCCCCGGCCAAUCGCUGGUCAAUCACCGGCCAAUGGUGCACAUUUGCAGCAUUACACCACCAAAGAGCUGCACUUAGUUAGCGUGCGCCGAAAGAAAACCGGCAUCUUUGACUUGGCCUGUUCCGUGGUAGAUGGCUAAUUCGGAGCUCACUGGUGGCUAAGACACACCAGCGGGCUGGGGUUGGCUUUGUUGCUGUGCCGAAGAAGUAGGAGUCCCU